UAUAUAGUGCAGAAUCCGCUAAGAUUUUCAGCCGGUUAGACAGAAAUAUCUCAAGAUGGUUUUAGCUGUAGUGAUCUUCGCGCUUGCGUUAGCUCAAGGUAUACAAUGUGCCGUUGUAGAUACCAGAGAAUUACCAAGCAUCAGCACUUUGCCCCUUAUCAUUGACGGACAGCCCUCGCUGAUUCAGACUCUUCCAGCUUUCAUUGAACCCGAAAUCGAAGCCAUGCCAUUGCCUGUCCCAGAAGCCAUCGUGUCUAACCCGUGCGAAAUCUGCUUUGCUUAUAUGACCGAUUUGAUCGACCAACUUACUGUAAUCGCCCCAGAAAUUGAAGCCCACCCAAUGCCAGAAGUUGAGCAAGAGCCCGAGUUCGUAAUCAUGCCCCACCCGAUGCCAACUGUUGAUGUAGUAGAACCCGAAUUCGUAAUCUUCCCUCAUCCAAUGCCAGCCGUUGAGGUCAUAGGAGCUUAACCUAACAGAUUUAUCGCGAAUGUUGAUUUGAAAUAAAAUAGUGAAUACA